AUGUGCCCUCUUAAUGAGUUGGAGCUUGUUAUGCCGCCCACGACUGAGGGUGCUGAUCCUGUAACAAGUAAAGGGAACAAUACCCACAAGUUGGAGGAUGGAUAUGUGAGCCCAUAUUUUGUUGAGUGUGCGAAUCAAACGAAAUUGAUGCUUAGGAAGCAUGGCUGGGAUGUUAAGGAGGCGGAAAUGAUCAUUAAGUGGGCCAAAGAACUUCUAGAUCUUCAUUAA